CAGCGGACUUGACAGCUACUUCCCGCUCUUUGUAACAACUUGCCAGCUUUGCAUUUCUCCUCUUAAGGAAACCUCCAGCACCAAGAAAUAAAAUGGAUGAGGAAAUUGCAGCACUCGUCGUUGACAAUGGCUCUGGAAUGUGCAAAGCCGGCUUUGCUGGAGAUGAUGCUCCCCGUGCUGUGUUCCCCUCUAUUGUUGGACGCCCAAGACACCAGGGUGUAAUGGUUGGUAUGGGCCAGAAGGACAGCUAUGUAGGUGAUGAAGCCCAAAGCAAGAGGGGUAUCCUUACCCUUAAGUAUCCAAUUGAACACGGAAUUGUUACAAACUGGGAUGAUAUGGAGAAGAUUUGGCAUCACACCUUCUACAAUGAGCUUCGUGUAGCCCCUGAAGAGCACCCAGUCCUGCUUACAGAAGCUCCCCUGAACCCCAAAGCCAACAGAGAAAAGAUGACACAGAUCAUGUUUGAGACUUUCAACACCCCAGCUAUGUAUGUCGCCAUUCAAGCUGUGCUGUCUCUGUAUGCCUCUGGUCGUACCACUGGUAUCGUGAUGGACUCUGGAGAUGGUGUCACCCACACAGUACCCAUUUAUGAAGGUUAUGCCUUGCCCCAUGCUAUCCUGCGUCUGGACUUGGCUGGUCGUGACCUGACAGACUACCUCAUGAAAAUCCUGACCGAAAGAGGCUACAGCUUCACCACCACAGCUGAGAGAGAAAUUGUGCGUGACAUCAAGGAGAAACUCUGCUAUGUUGCUCUUGACUUUGAACAAGAGAUGGCAACUGCUGCAUCCUCCUCAUCCUUGGAAAAGAGCUACGAACUGCCUGAUGGACAAGUAAUUACAAUUGGAAAUGAGAGGUUUAGAUGCCCAGAGGCACUCUUCCAGCCUUCCUUCCUGGGUAUGGAAUCAUGUGGCAUCCAUGAAACUACAUUCAACUCAAUCAUGAAGUGUGAUGUUGACAUCCGUAAGGACCUGUAUGCCAACACUGUCCUGUCCGGAGGUACCACAAUGUAUCCUGGUAUUGCUGACAGAAUGCAGAAGGAAAUCACUGCCUUGGCCCCCAGCACCAUGAAAAUUAAGAUCAUUGCCCCACCUGAACGCAAAUACUCUGUCUGGAUUGGUGGCUCUAUCCUGGCCUCCCUCUCCACUUUCCAGCAGAUGUGGAUCAGCAAGCAGGAGUAUGAUGAAUCUGGCCCAUCCAUUGUCCACCGCAAAUGCUUCUAAAUGGACUGCUAGCAGAUGCGUUGCAUUUGCUGCGUGAGUUCUUCAAAGUAUUAAUUUGCCUUGGCAAAUGUGUACGCCUCAUGCUAGCCUCUUGAAACUGGAAAAAGGGCCAACUUCCAAAUGAACUUAUCCUAGGAAUUGAAGACACACAUAGUCACUGUUGGGGGAUUUUGUAAUGCAAGACUUGUGCUUGUCUCUUCAAAUCAUUCCUGUGGCAUCAAUGCUAGCAUAUUGUACCCUGUACACAUCUCUUAUAUUGCCUGGUUGGCAUACAGUCUGGGUGACACUUAAGCUAAGCUUUACGUAGAAAGAAGCAUUUCUGUGAAAGGCUGCCGAUCUGCGACAGUAUUGCGAAUGACACUUCUCCUCUAGGUUACAGGGGCUGUUUAUGGAGAAGUCGAGUUUUGGAGAUGUGUACAGGGUAUCUGAGGUUUAGACUUCCACACACAGUUAAGCGCUUAAUACUCCAUUGUUUCAUGUCGGAGGCUGGUCAGUUCAUGAAGGAAUCUCUUCUAUCUUUCCAGUUUAUAGUAAGGUUGGAAAUUGACACUCAGGCCCAAGAACCAGUCUUUUUCUUAACCCAGGUUGUAUUCCCAACAUUCAAAAUGGGUCUGAAGAAAGUUACAAAUGUUGCAGUUAACACCUGUAAAUUUAUGCAUCCAAGUUAAUUUAUGUAAAUUUUUUUGUAUGUUGCCUUAAUGUUCUCACAACGUAGAAAACCAAAAUUUGUAUGUCAUCCAGAUGAGAAUUGUAACUUCCAAAACACCGUUCUGUAAGGAUAAAAUAAAGCGCUGCAGUAAAUAA